UCCUCCUCUUCCUCCAACAGCCUGACACUCUAUGAGGACAGGACAGGCUAGGAGCUGGGCUGGAGGCGGGCCAGUUACUCAACUCUGGAGAAACGGGUUUCUCUCCUCCUCGCCUGCCUGCCUGCCCGUCUGCACAGAACAGAGCAGAGGAGCUGUGUCAUGUGUAAUUUAAUACCAGACGCAGGCUGACUGAGCCUCACUGCACACAGAGAGCCCCCUCACAGCCUGAGAGGCAGGCAGGCAGGCAGGAGAGGCAGGCAGGCUAAGCAGGCAGACUUCCAGGGUCCGGCUCAGCCCUCCAUGACAGGACAAAGAGCAGGGGAUGAGGGACCGACCAGAGCCCUAGUGGAGGACCGACCAGAGCCCUAGUGGACCCAUCAACCUCUCCCUUCCCCGUGGCCAGCUGUAACCAGCCUUCCCUGGCACCAGCAGAAACCCAAGGCCAUCUCUGAUUGCACAAGGCCAUCCCUCUCCCCCUCCCUCCCUCUUCUUCCAGUCUUGCCGCUCCCCCGUCUCCCAGUGGUAGCGUUGGGUCUCCCAGGAUGCGGCUGCUCAGCGCUCUGCUGCUCCUCCUGCUCCUCAGGUCCGCUGAGCCCAGGAAGGGUGGACGGAACAGAGAGCGGGGCAGGGCCCGGGGUAAAGGCAGGGCCAAUGCUGUCAAACGCCAAACCUCUGAAUGCAAGGAAUACAUGGAGGCCGGAGAGAAAUACCUGGACUGUCAGGACCGCCAGCUGACCGGGGUGCAACAGCACUGGCCUGAAGACAUCCACCACCUCCUGCUGGCCCGCAACAAGAUCCAGGUGCUCAGAGACAACACCUUCUCCCAGUUCAAGAACCUAAAGAGUCUGGAUCUACAACAGAAUGAGCUCUACAUGGUGGAGGAGGAGGCGUUCGCAGGGCUGGGACAGCUCACUACUCUGCUUCUUCAGCACAACCAGAUGAAGACAGCUUCUGAGGAGCACCUGCUGCCCUUGCCAAGCCUCCGUUACCUGCGUCUCUAUGACAACCCCUGGGACUGCCGGUGCUCGCUGGAUAGCCUGGUCAGGACCCUGCAGGUGCCCAGCAACCGUAACCUAGGGAACUACGCCAAGUGUUCGGAGCCGGACGCGCUGAGAGGUCAGAAGCUGAAGAAGAUGAGGCCGGAGCUGCUGUGUCUUGAGGAUGGGGAGGGCCAGCAACCAGGGCAGAAACCUCAGCAGGGGCAGGGUAGUCUGCCCAAACCACCUCCCAUCAAGAAGCACCCUGAUGCCAACUCCUUGUGCCACACCUACAUGUUCCCCAAACCCAUGCUGGACUGCAAGAGCAAAG